CGGGCUCACGUGACCACAACACAAUCAUGGCGGCUGCAGCUGCAGUGCGGUCGAGCGUGGGUCUGACUUUGAGACUUUCUCGAGUCAAACCGGACUGUAGCUCGUGUCCUCUGUACCGGCUGAAGAGCUGUGCGACCGGCGGGGCCAGUCUCCAGAGGGGCGGCUCCCUCGACCGCUGCCGGACGAUCAACCGACACCUGCAGACGAGUAUAGGUCUGUACCACCGUGAGGAGGGGAGCUCCAAUGCAGAGGCCCCAGAGGAUGUGGUAAACGUGGUGUAUGUAGAUCGAUCUGGCCAGAGGAUCCCAGUUAAGGCCAAAGUGGGAGAUAAUGUUAUGUAUUUGGCUCACAAGCAUGGAAUUGAACUAGAAGGAGCCUGUGAGGCAUCGUUGGCCUGCUCAACAUGCCAUGUCUAUGUGAACGCUGCCCACUUCGACAAACUGCCAGAACCUGAGGAGCAGGAGGAUGACAUGCUGGACAUGGCGCCCAUGCUUCAGGAGAACUCCCGGCUGGGAUGCCAGAUAAUUCUCACUCAGGAGAUGGAUGGCAUUGAGCUCACCUUGCCCAAAGUCACUAGAAACUUCUAUGUGGAUGGCCACGUUCCCAAACCUCACUGAGAUGGGACACAUCGCACAAGCGACAAAGAUGGGUACUGGAGAAAAAUGAGAGGGUGUCACUGCGAGCUAGACACUUAUGUGCUGGUUGAGUGACGGGGCGACCAUGGAGACAUGCGCGGCUAGGAUAUUAAGUCCGUAGCAACUCCUAAGAAGUCUCGCCACCUGACAAAUUCCACAGUUAACCAAUGACAUGACAGUCCUGCAAAUGAGAUCACACAGUCAGACACUGAGUCUCACUUUAGGUAAAAAUUAAUGGUUACUUCCAAAAACAAACUGUGAUGGUUUAACUGAUAAUGUAUUUAUUCAUGUGGAGCGUUCUCAGGCCAGAAAUCAAUCAAGUCAAUCUCACAAAUUGUUCUUUGUAAAGCAUUGGAGGAUUUAGGAAACUUCAAGAUUGGGUCAUCACGGAGCAAUUUUUCCAUCUUUGUCUUUAAAUGGAUCAUUCCUUGUUACAGCUCAUAUACGCACAAGUAUCACAAGAUGAUGUUCUUAUUGAUUUUGGCCAGUCCAUCAUUUUCACACUGAAUCACUUGUCAUGUUGUAUUCAUGGCUUUUUUUUUUUCUUUCAUUUUUAUGUACCAGGGUUUAUUUGUUGAUUUUGUGAAGACUUUAUCAAUAAGUUCUCACUGACUAUAGUUACUCUAAACUCAUAAACCUCAUAUUUUUUCUCAAGUCGGAUACAGAAGAGGAAGCAUUUCCUUAUAACGAUGCGUACCUGGAAGACCAAAGUUCCAGGGUGGGCUCUUAACUAAACAGACUGUUGAAACUUGCAUUUGUAUUCACUUUAAACAUUCAAACCUCAUUCAGGUGAAUAGUGUUUUGAAAGGUGCGAUGGAAUAUGCAUUUGUAAAAGCACUUGCUGUCAGCUGCCAGUGAUUAUGGCUUGAUUAGUUCAUCUGCUUCAGGUGUGCUUGGAUCCAGACCAGGAUGGAGAAGAGAGAAGCCGGUUGACAUGACAAUGACCGUUACUACAUCUCCCCUUGUUAAGUCUACUGUAAUGUCCAACUUACACACGUGCGUUCGUGAAUUCUGUAUAUCACGUCUUAGGAAAUACAAAUAUUUGAAGUUGUGCAAUAAAAGUUAUUUUAAAAAAAGGCCUUGUACAUUGCGCCCAUUACCCAGCAAAACGUUGUCCUCAAAGAGGAAAAUAACACUUGUAUUAUCGAUUCAUCCGAACUCAACUAACCAGAGCUGGUUCACUGCGUGAGCAGCAGGUGACUUGACCAAGUCUCCACCUUUCCACGCAACAAACACCUAUAAAAGCCCCAUGUGUUGUGGCAGAAAGCUUUGUGCUGCUGCUGCGGCCUCCAAGUGGACCCGUCGCUCGGUGUGCGCGGCUCUUUUAUGCUCCAGCAGGUGUAAUCCGACAAACCAAGAACACCUGCGGUCCGAGAGCAGUCGCUCACAGCGACCAGCUCCAUCGGGCCGAGCCCCCGACACAGGCCAAGUCCACGUCCAUUGAGAGUGACAGCUCGGGCUGGGGAAGCUUUGAAAGAACAAUGCGUAUGGCUACAGCGUCCGAAGAUAUGGGCCCACAGAACACGUUCAGAGAACAAUCGCAACUCUUCCCUCCAUGUUGUCAACGUCGAGACAUCUUCUCCGUCCCCGUUGUCCGCAAUCUGCAAUCAAAUACACUUCCUCAACAUGAACAUAGGACCAAGGACUCAAGCUACUUUUAAACAAGGAAACCAGAGGACGGCGGAACAAGAUGCCCCCCACUCUGCACUCGUCUACCUUUUACAAGAGGUUUCCAGGCUGGCAUCUCCUGUCCACAACAGUUUCCUGGAUACAAGUCCCCCCUCCAAGUGGCUCAGUGAGACAUCGAGGCAGCAUGAGUUCAUGGUUGAAAAGGAGGAUGGUGAUGCCCAUUUCUUUCCAACCUUUGAUAGUUCCUGUCAGCACAGUUUGUCUGGUGUGUUGCCUUUUAAUCAGGUGAACAAAGUGAGGGAGGAAAGUCACAGCAGCGAGUCGGCGACUUUGGUUGAGCCACAUCGUGAACUUAACAGCCCCUGGAAAGUGCUGAGUCUGAUCAACCUGCAGUGUGAGAGGCUCCUGCAUCGAAGGGAUGGAGAGGAGUCAAACCCAAGUCUAGUAUCAUCUGCCAGGAAGUCAGGCCAUCAAACAGCCAAGUCAUCAACUGCUGCAACAGAACAAGGGGUUGGAAGUGACAGUGUAAAUGUCAAAAACAGUUUGAGACCAUCUCUUAUUAUCUAUAAGAGACGAGAAAUCAUACCAGAGCUGGUGAAGGAAAAUGCAGCAUCUUCCUCUCAACCUCAACUCUGGGACAAAAGGGAGGCCAUGUUCAGACAGUUCUUUUCAGACAAACAUGUGCCCUACUCUGAAAAUGCCUUGUCACAAGCACACGUGCCCAGUGCACCCCUUAAUACCCAGAUGACUUUUAAUUUGAAUGAAGAUACAAGCCUAGCACUCUCAAAGUCAGCAAUAACACUAGACUGGAAUGCAAACAUUGCCUUGACUUCAGAUGCCCUGUGUGACAACCAGCUGUCACCUCCGAGUGCUACGCUGCCUUCUCCUCAAUCUGUAUCACUCUUCUUGAGCGCUACAGAGAGGUGUCAUUCGCUCCCAAAAAAAGAUAACAAAAUCACAGGAUCUAAUCCAGAAUGCACACAUGCUACCAGAGAGGAGAAAUCGCCCCCAGACGAACAACAGAAAUCCUUAAAUUAUAAUGUGCCUUCUGCAAAGCUUGCACCAGAACUCAGGCCAGUGCAAACGGAGGGAAUUGCACCUCUGUCUUCCCAGCAGUGGAGAACCAAGACUCCAAGAAAACAAUCUCAUCCCAGCCGGAGUGUUGACAUCCAAGAUCCAGACAUCCAGGGAGUGACGUUCAGCAUGGGCACGGAGCUGGACGACAGCAGGGAACAGUGUCGGCUCCUCAUAACCUCAAAGUACAGCAAGGAGCUCUUCAAGAGUGUACGGAAGCCGAGGAUGAGGACACGGACAUCCCAGAAAUCACUUAAAUCUAGCAGCUCAGAUGAGGAGAGCGACCUGACAACAGCGGUUUCCAAGGGUAAGAUCUGUGCCUCAUGCUGCACCAGGAAGACCCCGAUGUGGAGAGAUGCAGAGGAUGGGACCCCACUCUGUAACGCUUGUGGGAUAAGGUAUAAGAAGUACAGAGUGCGCUGUGUCAACUGCUGGCAUAUCCCAAGGAAAGCGGGCAACACCAACUCAUGCUGCCUCAAGUGUGGAAACUUGGUGAGGCUGACCUCAGCUCAGCGGAAACACACCACCUAGGGAGCGUACGCAGAAGAAAAAAAGGUUUUUAUAUCCACGUGUGACAGAGCUGUACACACAACAGUUCAAGACUAUAUACACACUCUUCCUUUUGUUCUUUGUCCUCUAAAAUUCACUACAGAUGUGAGUGCAAAAAUGAAGCCUCUUGUAUUUUACUUGACUCAGGGUAUUUAAAUUAGCUUUCACUGCUCAGACAACAGAGCUUGUUCACUGAAGCUCUGUGGUUGCUCUCAAUGUGCUGUAUACAUCACAGGAAAAACAUGAACACAUACAAAAACAAUGAAAAUACCAGCAAAAAAAAUCCUGUAAAACUAGAACCCACUGAAAUUCUAUGCUCGACACCUAUAAAUGGAGGCUGUCUGAUCCGUAUUUCUGUCUCUACAGCACUAAUCUGAUUUGUGCUACCCGGUCUGUAUGGCAUGUGUGACGGAGCUUAUACAGUUGUUUGGUUCGUCUUCCCUCUGUCUUCCUCAAAGAGGGAUGUACUGAGCAGAUAGCACAGUUUGUAGCAGAGCUGAGGAAGAGUAAACAGGACACUGUAGUGCUCCUAUAAGAACUACACACAUCGAAUGGAAAGUUUAGUCAUAAUUGUUGACAGUUCUCAUCUAAAUAGCUUCAGUGUUGCUUGUUGUAUAAUGGUCCAACAGCUGCAAUAGAAACUUGUUCAUGCACAGGACCAGAAACGGCAACCUGAGCUCAGUACCGUGUUCACUGUUAUUAACUGUAAAAUUAUUUACUCCUCUUGACCUUGACAGGAAGGCUGUCUGCCAAAUUCUGUAGACAUAUAUUUAGGUACACAAGUUAAGUUAUUUAUUUUUGUUUUUUUCUCAAGCAUAAUCUCUAACUUUGGUUGUUUUGGAUGUGUUGCUUUUGUGGGUGUUUAUUUGUUGCCGUUUGAAUUGGUGUGAGGAAAAAAAACUUUUUUUGUGUGUGCUUGCAUGGGUUUUGGUCUAAAUUAAAGUCUGUACUAAACUUUGAA